GUAACUGAUCCAUCCACAACUGAAACUGCAAUCCCCCAAUUUCAAAAUUUCCUCGUUUCUUAAUUUAAUGCGAUGCCUCGCCGUCACCGCCCCGGGCCUCAGUCGGCCCCGAGCCGAGCAAUUCCGCCUCAAGAUGAACCGUACAACAUAAUUCCCGUCCACAACCUCCUCGCCAAUCACCCUUCUCUCCGUUUUCCCGAAGUCCGCUGCGCUGCUUCCGCUCUACGCGCCGUCGGAGAUCUACGGAUCCCGCCUCAUGCACAAUGGCAUCCUGCUAUGGACCUACUAGACUGGCUGGCUCUCUUCUUCUGUUUCCAGCACGACAGCGUCAAGAACCAGAGGGAACACCUCGUCCUCCACCUCGCCAACUCCCAGAUGCGACUGUCUCCUCCGCCUGAAAACAUUGAUAUCCUCGACGCCGGCGUACUUCGUACGUUCCGCCGCAAACUCCUCAGGAACUACACGAACUGGUGCUCUUAUUUAGGCAAGAAAUCUAACGUAUGGAUCUCGAGAAGCGACCGUUCCAAGUCUGAUCACCGCCGUGAGUUACUUUACGUGGGGCUUUAUUUGUUGAUCUGGGGCGAAUCUGCCAACCUCCGGUUCAUGCCUGAAUGUAUCUGCUACAUAUUCCAUCACAUGGCCAAGGAAUUAAACAUGAUUCUGGAAGAUUACAUCGACGAAAACACUGGCCAACCCGUUAUGCCGUCUUUAUCGGGAGAAAAUGCGUUUCUGCACUGUGUAGUGAAGCCGAUAUACGAGACUGUAAAGGCAGAAGUUGAGAGUAGCAGGAACGGAACGGCGCCGCAUACUGCUUGGAGGAACUAUGAUGAUUUGAACGAGUAUUUUUGGAGUAGGAGAUGUUUUAAGAAACUCAAGUGGCCGAUUGAUGUGGGAAGCAAUUUUUUUGUUACUUCCAGCGAAAGUAAACAUGUUGGGAAAACUGGGUUCGUCGAGCAAAGGUCGUUUUGGAAUCUUUACAGGAGUUUCGAUAGGCUUUGGGUGAUGCUGUUUUUGUUUCUUCAGGCUGCCAUUAUUAUAGCGUGGGAGGAGAGAGGCUAUCCAUGGCAAGCAUUGACAAGUAACGAUGUUCGGGUUAAGCUUUUGACAGUGUUUAUUACUUGGAGUUUGAUGAGGUUUUUGCAGGCUAUAUUAGAUAUUGGGAUGCAGUAUAGCCGUGUUUCGACAGAAACCUUGUUGCUUGGAUUUAGGAUGUUGUUAAAAGCGGUGGUUGCUGCUGGUUGGAUUUUGACUUUUGCUGUUUGUUAUGUAAGGAUCUGGUCGCAGAGGAACCAUGAUAGACGGUGGAGUGCCGAGGCUGGUAAGAGGGUGUCUUUUUUUCUACUAGUUGCAGGUGUUUAUGUCUUGCCGGAAGUAUUGGCAUUGGCUUUAUUUGUGCUUCCUUGGAUUAGGAACUUUAUAGAGGAGACCAAUUGGAAAAUAUUUUACUUGUUGACUUGGUGGUUUCAGAGUAGGAGUUUUGUUGGUCGGGGAUUGAGGGAAGGGCUAGUUGAUAAUGUUAAAUAUACUCUCUUCUGGGUAUUGGUUUUAGCUUCAAAAUUUGCAUUUAGUUAUUUCUUGCAGAUUAAACCCAUGGUUAAACCGACCAAGCAAUUGUUAGGUCUUAACCCUGUUGAUUAUGAGUGGCCGGGUGGCAGUGUCAAUUUGGCUGUUGGUUUAUUGUGGUUGCCUGUGGUGCUUAUUUAUUUGAUGGAUAUUCAGAUUUGGUAUUCAAUUUAUUCCUCCUUUGUGGGAGCAGCAGUGGGGUUAUUGCAGCACUUGGGUGAGAUUAGAAAUAUGCAGCAGUUAAAGCUGAGGUUUCAGUUCUUCGCCAGUGCAAUACAGUUCAAUCUUAUGCCUGAAGAACAGUUAUUGGAUUUUAGGGAAACAUUUAAGAGCAAGUUGAAGGAUGCAAUUCACAGGUUGAAGCUGAGAUAUGGGUUUGGGCAACCUUACAAGAAGCUUCAAUCUGACCAGGUUGAGGCUCGAAGGUUUGCACUGAUAUGGAAUGAGAUAAUUAACAUUUUCAGGGAAGAAGAUAUCAUCUCUGAUGCUGAAGUCGAACUACUAGAGUUGCCCCAGAAUUCUUGGAAUAUCAGGGUUAUUUGCUGGCCAUGUUUUUUACUAUGCAAUGAGCUGUUGCUUGCUCUUAGCCAGGCAAAAGAAUUGGUGGAUGCUCCUGAUAAGUGGCUCUGGCAUAAAAUAGGCAAGAAUGAGUACAGACGUUGUGCUGUGAUCGAAGCUUAUGACAGCAUCAAGCACAUGAUGCUUGAAAUCCUCAAUGCCCGGUCUGAGGAGCAUUCCAUUCUCACGGUUCUGUUUCAUGAAAUUGAUCACGCUGUUGAUAUUGAGAAGUUCACCAAGACAUUCAAAAUGACUGCACUGCCCCAGAUUCAUAUGAAGUUGAUAAAACUUAUUGAGAUAUUGACCAAGCCCAAGAAGGAUGAGAUCCAGCUGGUGAAUAUUCUACAGGCACUUUACGAGAUUGCUGUCCGUGAUUUUUUCAAAGACCAGAGGGCCAUUGAACAACUGAGGGAGGAUGGGUUGGCACCUCGUGACCCUGCUUCCAUGGCAGGACUGUUGUUUGAGAAAGCUGUUAAGGUGCCUGACCCUAGUGAUGAGAAGUUCUAUCGGCAGGUAAGGCGCUUGCAUACAAUUCUUACCUCCAGGGAUUCCAUGCAGAAUAUUCCGGUUAAUCUUGAGGCUAGACGUCGAAUUGCAUUCUUUAGCAACUCACUCUUUAUGAACAUACCUCAUGCUCCCCAAGUGGAGAAGAUGAUGGCUUUUAGUGUCCUCACCCCUUACUAUAAUGAAGAAGUGCUCUAUAGCAAAGAACAGAUUCGAACUGAGAAUGAAGAUGGGAUUUCCAUCCUAUAUUAUUUGCAGACCAUAUAUCAUGAUGAGUGGAAAAAUUUCAUGGAAAGAAUGCGUCGAAAAGGAAAGGUAAAGGAUGAUGAGAUAUGGACGACCAAAAUGAGAGAUCUGAGGCUCUGGGCAUCUUACAGAGGCCAGACACUUUCUCGCACUGUUAGAGGAAUGAUGUACUAUUAUAGAGCUCUAAAGAUGCUGGCUUUCCUUGAUUCUGCUUCGGAGAUGGAUAUUAGAGAAGGUAUACAAGAACUUGGUUCUAUGGGGGGAGAUGCUGGUCUGGAUAGUGCUGUCUCGAUCAGUUCACCUUCUUCCAGGAGUUUAGGAAGAGAAAGUAGCUCUCUGGGUCUGCUAUUCAAAGGCCAUGAGAAGGCCGCCUCUUUGAUGAAAUUCACAUAUGUAGUUGCCUGCCAGAUAUAUGGAGCACAGAAGGACAAAAAGGAUCCACAUGCUGAGGAAAUCUUGUAUCUGAUGAAACACAAUGAAGCCCUUCGAGUUGCCUAUGUCGACGAGAUUUUGAUUGGGAGGGAUGAGAAGGAGUAUUACUCUGUUCUUGUGAAGUAUGAUCAACAACUACAGAAGGAGGUUGAAAUCUAUCGUGUCCAAUUGCCUGGUCCAUUGAAACUUGGUGAGGGCAAACCAGAGAAUCAAAACCAUGCGCUCAUCUUCACCCGUGGUGAUGCUGUUCAAACUAUUGAUAUGAACCAAGACAACUAUUUUGAGGAGGCACUGAAAAUGCGCAAUCUCUUGGAGGAAUACAAGAACUACUAUGGUAUACGAAAGCCCACUAUCUUAGGAGUCAGGGAGCAUAUUUUUACUGGUUCUGUUUCAUCACUUGCUUGGUUUAUGUCAGCUCAAGAAACAAGUUUUGUCACUCUAGGACAGCGAGUCUUGGCAAAUCCUCUGAAGAUUCGAAUGCAUUAUGGCCAUCCAGAUGUCUUUGACAGGUUUUGGUUUUUGACUCGGGGUGGGAUCAGUAAGGCUUCUAGAGUGAUUAAUAUUAGUGAGGACAUUUUUGCUGGCUUUAAUUGUACUUUGCGAGGAGGAAAUGUCUCACAUCAUGAAUACAUCCAGGUUGGUAAAGGAAGGGAUGUUGGGUUGAAUCAAAUAUCAAUGUUUGAAGCCAAGGUUGCUAGUGGGAAUGGUGAGCAAGUUCUGAGCAGAGAUGCCUAUCGGCUGGGUCAUAGACUGGAUUUCUUCAGGAUGUUAUCAUUCUUUUAUACGACGGUAGGAUUUGUUUUCAACACAAUGAUGGUAGUUCUUACUGUAUAUGCUUUUCUGUGGGGUAGACUUUAUCUUGCUCUCAGUGGUCUUGAGAAUGCUGCCCUGGCAAACAACAGCAGCAACAAUAAAGCACUUGGGGCCAUCUUAAAUCAACAGUUCAUCAUCCAACUUGGUCUUUUCACUGCCCUUCCAAUGAUAGUGGAGAAUUCGCUUGAGCAUGGAUUCCUUCAAGCUAUCUGGGAUUUCUUGACGAUGCAGCUUCAGCUUUCAUCUGUUUUCUACACAUUCUCCAUGGGAACCCGUACUCACUUCUUUGGCCGGACCAUCCUUCACGGGGGUGCCAAAUACCGGGCAACCGGCCGUGGUUUUGUUGUGCAGCACAAGAGCUUCGCAGAAAAUUACAGAUUGUACGCACGCAGCCACUUUAUAAAGGCUAUUGAGCUUGGGCUCAUACUUACGGUUUAUGCUUCUCAUAGCCCUGUUGCUAAGGGCACAUUUGUCUACAUAGCUAUGACUAUCUCAAGUUGGUUUCUGGUCACAUCAUGGAUAAUGGCACCAUUUGUAUUCAAUCCUUCUGGUUUUGAUUGGUUAAAAACCGUCGAUGACUUCGAUGAAUUUAUGAACUGGAUAUGGUACCACGGUGGUGUGUUUGCGAAGGCUGAACAGAGCUGGGAGCGGUGGUGGUACGAGGAGCAAGAUCAUCUGAGGACAACUGGCCUCUGGGGAAAGCUACUGGAGAUUGUUUUAGACCUUCGGUUCUUCUUUUUCCAGUAUGGAAUUGUAUACCAGCUGGGAAUUUCUGAUCAUAGUACCAGUAUUGUUGUGUACUUGCUGUCUUGGAUCUACAUUUUCGUGGCAUUCGGAAUCUAUCUGGUGAUCUCGUAUGCACGUGACAAAUAUGCAGCUAAGGACCAUAUUUAUUUUAGGUUGGUUCAGUUCCUGGUCAUUAUUUUUGGAAUACUUGUUAUAAUUGCACUGCUCGAGUUUACAUCCUUCGGAUUUAUCGACCUCUUCACCAGUUUAUUAGCUUUUGUUCCCACUGGUUGGGGACUUGUAUCGAUCGCCCAAGUGCUUCGACCAUUUCUGCAGUCUACGAGGCAUUGGGAUUCUGUGGUGUAUGUGGCUCGGCUAUAUGAUAUACUGUUUGGAGUAAUUGUUAUGGCUCCCGUGGCAUUUUUAUCAUGGAUGCCGGGAUUUCAGUCGAUGCAGAUGCGGAUCUUAUUUAACGAAGCAUUUAGCAGGGGUCUACGGAUCUUCCAGAUCGUCACCGGGAAAAAGGCUAACGACUAAUAAAAAUUUAAGGCUUGAAUUCAGCAUGAGGCAGAUGAGAUGGCCUCCUAUUAUCGACUCUGAAUGACCGGCAUAUUCAGGUUCGGUUUAUCUUUGACGGAGAUUUUCCGUUUUGAAAAUGGUAUCUGUAUUUGGUUGUAUAGAGUAACUCAGGUAUAUUAGUCUU